AUGCCCUCAGUUCGCAACCCAAUCUUGCCAGGGUUCAAUGCUGACCCUUCCAUUGUGAGAGUCGGCACAGAUUAUUACAUCGCCACAUCGACGUUUGAGUGGUAUCCAGGGGUUCAGAUACACCAUUCCAAGGAUCUGGCGAACUGGGAGCUUGUCGUCCGUCCACUGAGCCGCCGGAAUCAGAUCGACCUGCGCGGCGAGCCAGAUAGCUGUGGAGUGUGGGCGCCGUGCUUGACGCAUGAUGACGAAAAGUUUUGGCUUGUGUAUACAGAUGUGAAGCGCAAGGAUGGCUCAUUCAAGGACACACAUAACUAUAUCGUGACGGCGCCUGCAAUCGAAGGCCCCUGGUCUGAUCCCAUCUACGCCAACUCAUCUGGGUUCGAUCCCUCUUUAUAUCACGACGAUGACGGCCGUAAAUGGUUUGUCAAUAUGACCCAGGAUCAUCGAGGAAGGCCGAACACUUUUUCAGGCAUCGCGCUACAGGAGUUCGAUCCAGUUCAGCGCAAGCUAGUCGGCCCUCGGAAGAUUAUCUUCUACGGUACGGAGCUUGGUCUUGUAGAAGGCCCUCACUUGUAUAAGAGGAACGGAUGGUAUUACCUCUUGACGGCUGAAGGUGGCACCGCAUACUCUCAUGCUGCGACGCUUGCACGGUCAAGAAGCAUCUGGGGGCCUUAUGAGCUUCAUCCUCAGAAGUAUAUCGUAUCCUCCAGGGACCAUCCAUUCGCGGCACUUCAGAGAGCUGGACACGCUGAUUUCGUAGAAACACCGGAGGGAAAGACAUAUCUGGUGCAUCUUGCAGGUCGACCAAUUGGACAGAAGCGAAGGUGCGUGUUGGGGCGGGAGACGGCUCUGCAGGAAGCAUACUGGGGCGAAGAUGACUGGCUGUACGUCAAGAAUGGCCCGGUUCCGUCGUUGGAUGUUGAAGUGCCCGGAACGCGAGACGAGGAAGCAUACUGGAGAGAGAUACGUUAUAAAUUCCAAGAUGGGCUUCAUAAAGACUUCCAAUGGCUGCGUACGCCAGAGCCGGAGAGGCUAUUCGCGUUCGAGGAGGGCAAGCUUGUCCUCACAGGAAGGGAGUCCAUUGGAUCCUGGUACGAACAGUCUUUGGUGGCUCGGAGGCAGACGCACUUCUCUUUUGACGCUGAAACGGUUGUUGACUUCUCGCCCGAGGACGAGCGCCAGUUUGCUGGUCUGACGCUGUACUACAGCCGGUACAAUUUCUUUUACCUUGCCGUCUCAGCCCACUCGGAUGGCCAGCGUGAAAUCCAUAUUAUGAGGUCUGAGGAUUCUUGGCCUAAUGGUAAGCUGACUGACAAGGGAGAAAACGCCUAUUUUGUAAGUCUUCCCGCAGAGGGAAAGGUCAAGCUUGUGGCUACAAUUCGCGGGAGCGAGCUGCAGUUCUAUUACGCCCUUGUUUCGGGAGACGGCAAACAACAGGGAGAGCUAGAAAAGAUCGGACCUGUGUUGGACGCCUCGAUUGUCUCAGACGAAUGUGGUGGACACCAGGCUAGUGGGAGCUUCACCGGGUCUUUUAUCGGCCUGGCUUGCUCGGAUUUGAAUGGAACGGAGAAGAAGGCCACGUUUGAUUAUCUUGUGUAUCGUCCCGCACAUGAUGCGACUGAUCGAUACAUAGUCUAG